AAUUAUAUUAACCGUCUUUCUUGCUGAGCUAUAGCUAACAGCAGUUUGCAUCUUGGAGUUUCUGUUGACCAUCGAUGGACUCAGCUGAAGCUGGAUCCAUCAGACCCCACGUGCGGCGCUUCUCAUGGAGCAGGUCAGCUCGUGCUGUAAGUUACCAUGGCGACACCACAGCCUGUAUAAAAGUCAGCCUCCGUGCAUACACCUCGCUCUGUGAAUCCGGAUUUUACCCGUAGCAGCGACACCUAAACCAGCUCCAACCAAUGACUCUGAACUCCUCUGAUGACAACCGGACCAUCUCUGCCUUCACCUCCAAACUGACCCCCGCUGCUGACAUAUGUGUGGGACUGGCCAUCCUCACCGUCGUUCUGCUCUCUGUUCUGGGCAAUGGGCUGGUUCUGGUGAUUUGCUACCGCAGAAGGAAGAAGAUGGUGGGUUCGGAGCUGCUGUGCGUCAACCUGGCCGUGGUCGACUUCCUCUGCUGCAUCUGCUUCUACCCACUCUCCAUCCUGUCCUCCUUCCACCACACUUGGCUGGGAGAGGACAUCACGUGUGUUUAUUACGGCCUCGGCUGCUACAUCUUCGGGCUGUGUGGCAUGUUUACCAUCACUGCCAUCAGCAUCAUCCGCUACCUGAAGACGUGCUACAGCCUGGUUUAUGCUGUGUGGCUGGAAGGAACUAACCUCCGGAUAGUGUGCUGUGCCAUCUGGCUGGUGGCCGCUGUGUGGUCCAGCUUCCCUCUGUUCGGCUGGGGUGAGUACGUCCCUGAGCCUUAUGGACUGUCCUGCACCAUCGCCUGGAGAGGUUAUCACACCUCAGCAAAGGACGCCUUCUAUGUUAUCUGCUCCUUCGCCUGCUUCACGAUGGUUCCUGUCCUCCUCAUCGUGGUGUCCCAGUGUCAGAUCCUCUACAAGCUGUCCCGCUUCUCGUACUCACUGUCUGCGAGGGGUAUCCGCAACAAUCUGAGAUACACUGAAAAACGACUCUCUGUGAUGUUUUUCUGCAUCAGCCUGGGCUUUGUGAUCGCCUGGGCGCCGUACGCUGUUGUGUCCUUCCUCUUCAUUUUCCACAAGGAGAGCCACUACAUGGCCCCUGAGGGCUUCGUGUUCCCUGCCCUCUUCGCCAAAAGCUCCCACGUCUACAACCCAUUCAUCUACUUCUACUUCAACAAGACUUUUCAGCAAGAGCUUCGCUGCCUGCUUCUCUCUCUGUGGCCAAAGCUCGGAGGAAACCGAGUGGGCAUCCACAUCGCCUCAGGCAACCAACAUCCCAUCCACAUUCAGCUCCAAGAAAGAGGCAUUGUGCAAAAAAAGACCUCUGAUUUGUCUCAGGACAGAACACACAGCAAGAGCAAAGUGAUGCCCCCCAGUAGCAACCGUGUCCUCAGCAGGCCGGUGUACACCUGCUGGGCGUCCACGUCGAGGAACACCCCCAACAUCUUGGAUAGUAAACGUACCAAAGGCUCCCUGCCCGUCUCCAUAUGA